CUCUAGGUAGUCGUACAUCAAUGUUUAAACAAUUACAUAUAAAAAUAUGUGUGGUCAUAAUCCUGCACCUACACAUAACAUGGUCCUACCAAGUGUACCAACUGAACGCCGACGAAGAAAAUGAAGUGCUGUCCAAGUUGAGGCAAGUCCUACAAGGCUACGAUAUACCGAACUAUGCAGAAGUCAAGCCGAAGAAGAGUCGAUAUAAACUCAAACCUGUAGGCAAGUCAAUGUUCGUGAAGAGGAUCAUCCCGCACGGGUACAAGACGGGGGAGCACGAAUACGACUCUCGGCUGAACACAGUAUUUAAACCUCUGUUCAGAUACCACAUUAUCAAACCCAGUGCAGGACAGGAGAGGGCCGUGGUGCAGGAGACGAACCCGGAGCAAAAGAUGUCAAAUAAAAUCAGCAAUCUGAUCCGGGUCGCAAAGAAAGACCGAAAGACUUCGAAAUAUAGAACUCUGAAGCGGCAACUACUAAGACAUAUUAUAAAGAAUUACUUAUUCAAAGACAAAAAGAAUCGGAAGAAAAAGAGAUUCGGUGGUUUACUUAACUUAAAGAAGUUGAGAGACACGGAAAACCUGUUAAGGGAUAUGGAGAAAUCUGGAGAAAAGGACGGUCAAAUGACUCCUGGUAAUGUGCCACCCGAUGUAUUACCGAACGGUGCACAACCAGUUAGCAAAGAGGCAGUUACGUACCCAUACUAUCCGUUCUGGAAUUAUUGGACCUAUCAAAAAACUGUGGUUCAAGAUCAGUGCCCGGGUAACCUGGUGAAGUUAGGGAACAUGUGUGUUUCCUCUAUUGGGCAUCGUCGUCGACGAUCGAGGAGAGGCGGGAACUAUCGCCGGUCUAGACCUAGACAGCGACUACGUUAUGGCUAAUUUAAUGAAAAUAAA